AGCGUGCAUCGUGUCCUUCCCAUCUGGCCUGUCCUACAACGCCUGUCCUACGACGUCUACCCAAACAACAAUCUGCCCAGUACUGUGACCGCUCUUGGUGGAGUCUUCGUCUCCUGUGGUAUUGAGUUCAAGAACCCCGAUAUCAGUAUGAGCGGGACCUAUGAGUUGACAGCGCUGACAAAUCACUUCGAUGGUAGAAGGACCUUGCAGAGGCAGAAGUUCAAUGUCAACUUCCGCGAGAGUGACCCGUGGUAAACGAUGUGAUGUUGAAGUAUUUGGCUCUGGUGUAAUAAAUUCACUGUACUUUAA